AUGAAUGUCACACAUUGUGGAAAUUAUGCUUCCAUUCUAAUCUUGAUAAAGCUCAACCUGGAGAAAAAUUCUUUGAACCUAAUCAAUGUGGAAAAGCCAUCCACCAUAAGCAAGCCAUUAAAAAGAACUCACACUGGACAGAAACCUUAUGAAUGCUGUGAAUGUGCAAAAGCCUUCAGCCAGAAGUCAACCCUCAUUGCACACCAGAGAACUCAUACAGGGGAGAAGCCCUAUGAAUGCAAUGAAUGUGGGAAAACCUUUAUCCAAAAGUCAACUCUGAUAAAACAUCAACGAACUCAUACAGGAGAGAAACCAUUUGUAUGUGGUGAAUGUUCAAGAGCUUUCAGGAGUUCAUACCAACUUAUUCGACAUGAAAAAACACAUAUUAGACAAGCUUUUUAUGAUAGUAUCAAAUGCGGUAAGUCCAGCCUUAUGCAUCAAAGGACUCAUAUGGGUGAGAAACCUGAGUACAGUAAACAUGGGAAGGCCUCUGAUGAGAAGCCCACCCCCAUUAAACAUCAGAGAAUGCAUACAAAAGAGAAACCUUAUGAGUGCAGUGAAUGUGGAAAAAGCUUUAGGGGAAAGUCACACCUCUCUGUUCAUCAGAAAAUUCACACAGGAGAAAAACCUUAUGAAUGUAGCAUAUGUGGGAAGACUUUCAGUGGAAAAUCACACCUCUCUGUCCAUCAUAGAACUCAUACUGGAGAGAAACCUUAUGAAUGCAGAAGAUGUGGGAAAGCCUUUGGUGAGAAAUCAACCCUUAUUGUACAUCAGAGAACUCAUACAGGAGAAAAACCCUACAAAUGCAAUGAAUGUGAGAAAGCCUUCAGUGAGAAGUCUCCACUGAUUAAACAUCAGAGAAUCCAUACAGGAGAGAGACCCUAUGCUUGCAGUGACUGUAGGAAAGCCUUCAGUAGGAAGUCAACUCUCAUUAAACAUCAGAGAAUUCACACAGGGGAAAAACCCUAUGAAUGUAGUGAAUGUGGGAAAGCCUUCAGUGUGAAAUCAACUCUCAUUGUUCAUCAUAGAACUCAUACAGGAGAAAAACCCUAUGAAUGCAGAGAAUGUGGCAAAGCCUUCAGUGGGAAAUCAACUCUUAUUAAACAUCAGAGAAGUCACUCAGGAGAUAAAACCUCUUAA